CCACUCGGCACCUGGAGCCCGACCUAUCGGCUUGUGGCUCCGCCUCCUUUGCUUCACAUUCUCGCAGCUCGUCCCACCCUACACGGGGUCAGUACUCGGCUGCCAGCGGGACCGCACUACCCUCCCUGCCCGGCUCUGAAAGGCGCCCCGGAGGCCAUGGAGGUGCUGGUCCUGACCAGAUACCGCGCGCAGAAGGAGGACGAGCUGAGUCUGGCGCCCGGGGACGUGGUCCGGCAGGUGUGCGAGGGGCCCGCACGCGGCUGGCUGCGCGGAGAGCUGGGGGGCCGUUGUGGCCUCUUCCCCGAGCGCCUGGUGCAGGAGAUCCCGGAGACUCUGCGCGGCGCCGGGGAGACGCCGAGACCGCGCUGUGCGCGCCGCCGAGGUCGCCCCGCCAGAUCUCGGGGCCCCCAAAUAUGGUGCAAAGUGAACUUCAGCUACAGCCCGGAGCAGGCGGACGAGCUGAAGCUGCAAGUUGGGGAGAUUGUGGAAGUCGUAAAGGAGAUUGAGGACGGCUGGUGGCUGGGGAAGAAGAACGGGCAGCUGGGAGCCUUCCCGUCCAACUUUGUGGAGUUGCUGGACAGUGGGCCCCCAAGCCUUGGUAACCCAGACAUGCCUUCAAUCAGCCCUGGUCCUCAGCGGCCUCCCAAGCUGAGCAGCCUGACCUAUGACAGCCCUCCAGACUACCUGCGGACAGUCUCCCGCCCUGAGACCUACAGGGUCCUGUUUGACUACCAGCCCGAGGCCCCAGAUGAGCUGGCGCUGCGGAGGGGGGACGAGGUGAAAGUACUGAGAAAGACCACGGAGGAUAAGGGCUGGUGGGAAGGAGAGUCUCAAGGCAGAAGAGGAGUUUUCCCAGACAACUUUGUGCUCCCACCACCCCCAAUCAAGAAGCUGGCCCCACGGAAAGUGGUAUCUCAGGAAUCAGCUCCUAUUAAGGAACCAAAAAAGAUGGUGCCCAAAACAGCCCUCCCUAUAGUCAAGAAGCUGGUGACAGCCCCCACUGGGCCCAGCAAAGCCAAGCCAUCUUGGACACCCAGCAGGGACAGUCAGAAGCGCCCCUCUCGAGACAAUGGCUCCAGUGGCAGCUUCCUCAGUGGGGGUCCAGGCCACCCUGGCAGAAAGCGAUCCAAAACCCAGACUUCCUGGCAACACUCCACAACCAGUCAGGAGGAAGAGCAGAGCAGCCUAGCAAAGGCCCCUCAUGUGAAUAAAACCCCCACUCUGGACAAGACCCCCAUGCCAAAGACCCCAUCUCCACAUGAGGCCCCCAGCCCAGAGAAGACUCGGUCUCCAGAUAAGACCCCCACUCCAGAGGAAACCCUGACUCCAGAUAAGGUCCCUACCCUAGAGGAGACCCCAACUCUGGAGGACAAGACCCCCACCCCAGAGGAGAUCCCGUCUCUGGAUAAGGCCCCCAGCCCAGAGAAGACCCCAUCUCCAGAUAAGAAACCCACUCCAGAGGAAACCCUGACUCCAGACAAGGUCCCUAUCCUAGAGGAGACUCCAACUCUGGAGGACAAGGCCCCCAGCCCAGACAGGGUCUUUUCUGUGGAUGAGGCCCUUGCCCCAGAAGUCCUACCUGAAGAUGAAGCCCCCAGCCCAAAGAUGGCCCCUCCUGGGGACGAGGCCCCCACCCUAGAAAAGUUCUUGACCCCAGAGCAGGUGCUCUCUGAAGAGGCGUCCACCCGACACAACACUCAGUUCCAUCACUUCUCUCCGGAGGAAGCUGUGCCAAAGGUCAAGUCUCUUGUGGCCAGAGAGGCUCAAUCCCAAGAGGAGGUCUGUAUGCGAGAGGAGCCCCCCCUCUGUAUGAAGAAACACGCCCUGGAUAAGAAGGAUAGCUCCCCACUCCAGUGUGAGUCCACACCAGGGUCCAUGCCUGCCCUUGAGAAGGCCCACCCCCAGGAAGAGGCUACCACCCACCUCGAGGAGGCACCUGCGAAGGAAGAGACUAUCCUGAAAGAGGAGGCGCCCCCCAAAGAGGCAGCCAGUGCUGAAAAGAAUCCACAUCCUAUCAAGACAACUCCAGAUCCCCAAGGGACUCCCACCCUCCAUUCCCUGGUCCCGCAAAAUCCUACGGACAACAAAAGUGACAGGGACGACGUAAUGAGGCUACAGGACGAGGUGACAUCUUUAAGAAGGUCGCUGGAGACGAUGGGGGUGCAGCUGGAAAGGAAGCUGACCGACAUCUGGGAGGAGCUGAAGAGCGAGAGGGAGAAGCGCCAGUUGCUGGAGGUUCAGAUGAAGCGGAGGACCCGUGAGUCCGGGACCCGGGGCGCCAUCCACGCGCAGACGCAGACGCUCUGAGGGUGGGCCCGGGAGGGACUACGGCGGGACUGGGAGGGAAGUCUGGCUCCGGCCACCCACGGCCUUGCACACCACUUUGGGAAAUGCAAGAAAGUAAACUCGGCUGUGGACGCGCGCGGC